GCCAAAGACCAGAAGGCUGUUGGAAUCACAGACAAGAAGUCCUGCUCGCAGAACCCUCGCUUGAUGCUCAACUGGACAGGUUAGCAUAUCGAUGAAAAGCGCAGUGUUCUCAAGGCGCCGAGAAUCUCAGCUACGAGUUUUCUGGUUGGCUGUAUUAACUACAUCUAUCUCUUCACCUUUGCAUAGUUAGAAAACGUGUGAACGCGAACACAUAUAUCGACACAACCAUCCAAAGGUAGUUACACGGCACACGGACAAUGGCCUCCACGUUUUUGUAUUUUAUUACAUUUGGAAUUCACCAACAGGUGCAAGCAAACCAGAUGAUCACCCCUCUUAUUUUGUGUUUUUUUACAUUUGCGAUUCAUCAGCAAGUGCAAGCUUGUGGCGGUGAAUACACUUCACUCACUGGUCUCAUAUCGUCUCCAUUGUACCCGAGUCAGUACCCGCCUGACCAGGACUGUGUUUACAUCAUCAGAGCACCAACAGGAUAUCGGAUUACCUUGACCUUUGUCCAUUUUGAACUCGCAACUGAUGGUUUUAAUUGCCAGCAGGACUAUGUGCAGCUUAGAGAUGGCGAGUUAUGGACAUCACCAUUCUUGUCUAUCUACUGCAACACCACAGCCUACACCAGACGAUCAUCAUCAAACACCAUGUGGAUCAAAUUCCAUUCUGACUCGUCUCAGUCCGCAGCUGGCUUCCAAGCGAGCUACACUGCAGCCGUAAUUCCGCUAAAGUUUCUCCUUGUUACCGAACCUGCGAUUUUGGGGUAUGGGGCUAUUCAUAACAUCGACAUCGACACGAUCACCAGUUUUGACAUUCCUCUCGAUGGACUACGAGACCCUGCUGCUGUUGACUACGACCCGAUGGCUGGUCGUAUCUACUGGACAGACAAUGUGGAGAAGACCAUCCGAACAUCGAAUCUUAACGGCAGUGAUGCUCGGCUUGUUCGCUAUUUAGGAUUGGACGCAAGGCUAGACGGCCUGUGUGUAGACGCACUGUCCAGGCUCAUCUUCUACACAGACGCAGGCAAUAAAGUCAUCGGCAUGAUCACCAUGUACAGCAACACUCAUCGAAUAGUCAUCAACUCCUCACUUGACAUGCCGAAGGACAUCGAGCUUGACAAACGCAAUGGGGUAAUGUACUGGAGCGACUGUGGCGCCACACCUACCAUAGAGCGAGCCAACUAUGACGGUACAGGACGUCAGACUCUGGUCUCAGGGGGCGAGUAUCUCAAACAACCGAACGCCAUCGCUCUCGACACAGUCGAAGGCAGACUGUACUGGGCAGAUGGUGGCACACAGAAGGUAGGCUGGGUGGACCUGGAAGGGAAGAAGACUUCUUUGAUUCUACAUCAGCCAGGAUUAGUGUAUUACGGCAUAGACCUCUAUCUCAAUGACUUCUUUGUGACAGACUGGAGCUUUCUAAAUCUCAGUCAGUGGUUAAAAACACGCAUAUUUCGCUAUGGCAAGGACGGCAGUAAUGAAAGAAACUAUUUCAACCGCCCCUCAAAAUUAAAUGACAUCCGCGUGUACGCUGAGGAAAUUGAAGAUAAAGGGCCCAACGGUUGUGGAAGCAACAACGGUGGUUGUAGUUACAUCUGUGUACCUACAACUGGCAACAGAAAUAAAUGUCUCACUGAGGACGGAGGAUCUACAAAAAGUGAAAGUCCAGCUACUGGCAGCUCAACUAAAGCAAGUGAUCCCAGCAUAUCAUCAGAAGCAGAGUCUGUGAGCACUAACACCAAGAUCAUCAUUGCUGUCUGUGCUUGUGGCCGCUGUCGUAGGAAUUGCUGUCAUCAUCGCUCUCUUCAUUUUCUUCAAACUAAGACGUCAGAGCAAUCCCGAAGAACAUGGCGCUUCCACGCAGAUACAGAACACAUCAAAAGUCGCACAGGAGUCACUGACAUCAACAUCAAAUGCUCUUCCACUCGAUCUUUAUGAAGAAAUCCCCAGUUGUCAAUCCGGUGAUAGAGAUGGCAACUCUAAUAACGCAGAUGACACAAGCUAUGAACAACCUAAAAGAAAAAAGUGCAGUACUUACAUUACACCGACGGGUUCUGACUCCAAUUCGCCUCAUCAAGAAGAACACCAAUAUGAUGACUUGAAUUCCUCCCAUUAGCCAAUGCCUUACAGGAGCGGACACAGCAGAGCCAGGGAUUUCGUAAAUCAUAGAUGAACAGCAAGCUCACAACAAGACUCUCUUCUUUCACUUGACGACUCUACGUUGUAUUAAUUGGUAUAGUUGUGUCCUUAGUCACGUGUGAUAAAGACUCUUCUGGCUUCAAUGAACAACAAAACAUUUACUAUAGACCGAACCGCAACACGGAGCAAUCGUUGUCAGCAUCGUAAGGGGAGGGCAGCACGAAAGUGAUGCUGACACCAUUGCCAGGCAGACCUUUGACUGGAACCCUCAGGGGAAGAGGAGAGUUUGGAGACUAAAGAAGACAUGAAAAAGAACAGUAGAGAGCGAAGCAAAGGACAUCAGAACCUCAUGGGCCAAACUGAUGGGGGUUGCCGUAUAGCUGGUCCGCUGGCGAGGUGUUGUUGUGGCCAUAUGAUCCUCGAGGAAUAACAAGAACGAAUCGAAGCAUUCUUUAAGGGCAUGACCUGUUGCUAAUGAGUAGAGUCAGGGUCUUUGGUUGUGAGAAUUGUAAAAAUUCAUUUAUGAUGUUGUCAUUUCCCCGAGCUUUGCUUUCUUCAAGCCUUUUUAGGCAAUUGCCAACCUCACUCUCAGAUACUUCAGUGUUCAGAUAGUUAUUGCUAGCUUCAGGUAAGUGCACAGGUAGAUCAGUCUCAAAUGUUUCAUUACAAGAGUGGUUUAUCUUAUUAAACUGCUCUAACAGUUCAUUGCAGCUUGGGAUUUCCUUUUUUCGUUGUUAUUCUUGUUUAGAGUGUUCCAAAAUGCCUUUGGGUCCUUACAUCUUAGAUACCUAAUUUUCAUAAACCAUUUUUGCUGCUUUUUUGUGUCUUUUCAUGCGGCAGCUGGAGUAAAGCCAUGGCUAAGUUAUAGGCUUUUGACUAGAGACAUAAUAUUUUUUCGGGUUGCUGGCGUGAGAGAAUAGACCACAACUGCUAGCACUAUCAGCAUAAUAUUACAUACCUCUUGGGUUAGUGCAUCAAUCUUGUCUGAGUCUACUUCCUCUUUUUUUGUAAAAACUCAUUAACUUUAUUUGUUAGCUGGCUAAUCUUGUUAGAAUCUAGAGAACUAAUGAAGUCAUCUUUCAUUCAACUUUUCCAUUUGGUAUUGUAAUCCUUCUUUACAUUUUCCUCACUGAGAAUCAGAAGUACUUUGGGUUAAACAUUUUGUUUGGAUAAAAGUUAUGCUACAUGCUUUAUGUUUAUAGUGCAUCCUAGUUUUCUUUGUGCCUCUUCUUGAAAAGAUUGUCUGUGUUUUUUUUGUUUUGGUCAAGUUAUCAUAUAAGGGCAAAUCAUGCAAAACAAAAUGUGAAAUGGCACACCUAAAAAGCAAAAUCAUCAUACACAAUAGUAGUGUAUCAACUAAUUAACUGGCCAUCUUUUUUUGUCUUGUAGUAGUAUCAGCAGUAGUAAGAUCCUUACCAAGUGAUUUGUUUCUGUAAUAUUGGUUUCAAUUCAGUGUAUAAACACAUUUUUUUGGUGAUAAAAUCAUAAAUCUAGGUUUUGGUAAAAUGUUUCCAUACACACAAGUGCCAAGUAAUCAAAGUAUAUACAAACACCCAAUUUACACAUUUAAUGUCAAAGAUAAUGGACCUUUUCAAAUGUAUAACACUUCACCUUCAAUCAAGCCAUGUGGCUUUCCAAAAACAAAUAGGCUGAUAUAAUAUUAGCAUAAUUUGUUAGCAAAACCUAUAGCCCAAAUCCAUCACACCAGACUACUGGUGCCAGUGUACAUAAAAUCCCACCAUUUAAAAUUAACUUGCCCAAAUGUUGCAGAUUUUUUAAAAAAUAGUUCAUUGACAGUACAUUAGGCAUUAUUAUAGUAUGCAAAU